UGAACAUUUAACCUUAAAGUUAUCACUAUGUUUAUUUGUAAUAAUUUUAAACUAGUUUUCUAAUAUUUCUAACAUUAAAUAAAUAAAAAAUGGAGAUAAUUAACAGCAACUGCGCUACUUUAAGCAAUUUCGAGAUAAUGGUACAUUUACAAAGAAUUAAAGAUGGGAAAAAGAAACACAAAGGACAACUAGCCACAAUAACAUAUGAAACACUGAGAUACCUUGAGAACACUCAAUGCAAAGAUCAAGAACCAGAGUCAAUAAAGAAUUGUUUAAAAGCUUUAGAACCAUAUAGCUUAACCAAAACUGAAAAGCUAAUGCUGAUAAAUACUCCACCAACAACUGCAUUAGAAAUUCAAUUGAUGAUUGAAGAAAGUGAAGAGCGAUUAACAGAACAGCAAGUAGAAGAAAUACUGCAAAUAAUAAUUCAAAAUUUUCCACAUGUACAAAAAGAACAAACUGAGCCUGAAGAGGAUGCAGCAGAAUAAAUGUUAUAAAUAAAAGACUUAUUUCCAUGUUUUAUUUACAAAAAACCAAGUAUUCAUAAAAUUGCUCCUUUGUUAUUAAAUACAUAGAAUAAAUUACA